UAGGAGGCCGCUUGAUAGGACUUGCAUGGACAUGCCUCUUUCAGUUUCUGGCAGAGCGCUGGAGGAGUCAGACGCAACUAAAGAAUCCCAGUCAGACACUGCUAAAGGAUCGCUGCUUCCGUUAGGAAUCGUCCCGCCAUGGCUUCCCCCCAGGAAUUCCAGACCUUCGUCUUCCUUGACGUCGAAACCACCGGCUUGCCCCCAGCCCAGCCCUGCAUCGCCGAGCUGUGUCUUUUUGCUGUGAACCGUCAUUCGCUGCAGUGCCCCGCCCUGGAUUUGUCGCAAUUCCCGCAGCCUCCUCGCAUCUUGGACAAACUCACCCUUUGCAUCGACCCGGAGAAGCCGUUCGCCCCUAAAGCAGAGGAGAUCACCGGGCUGAGCAACCAGACGCUGGAGGAGAACUGCAAGCCACAUUUCAACAGUGCUGUGGUGGAGGCCAUGAGGGCCUUCCUGGACCGGCAAGCUGGCCCCAUCUGCUUGGUGGCCCACAACGGCCUGGGCUUUGACUUCCCCCUGCUGCGGACCGAGCUCUGGCGAGUGGACGCUGACCUGCCGCCGGACACCAGCUGUCUGGACACGCUGCCGGCCCUGAAAGACCUGGAUCAGGCUGCGAACAAGAGCUACAGGCUGGGAGAGGUGUUCCGGCGCUUCUAUGGGCAGGAUCCCGUCGGGGCCCACUCGGCUGAAGGGGACGUGCUCACUCUGCUCUUGGUGUUCCUUGCCAAAGCCCCCAGUCUGAUGGAGUGGGCAGCGGUCAACGCCCGAAGCUGGGGGGAGAUCAAGCCGAUGUACCCUCCCAGUCCACUCAGCCGCAGAAACUGGCGCUAAAUCCAAACGAAGAUGCGCCAGGGUUGCUCUGUAUCCUGCAGAAUUGUGAUCUCUCCCUGUAUUUGCCAAGAUGGCUGAAUUGUUAACUCCACGCAGCCUGAGAGACAUUUUAGCCUUAAACGUUGGUGCUGAGUGGGUGGGAUUUGGCAUUCGUUCUGGAGCAAAGGUCCCCAACCCUUUUUUUUUAAUUAUAAAUUUUUAUUUAUUUCACGCAUAUAAAUAAUACUUACAGAAAGAAAGGGGGAAAACCCAAAUCUUAUCUCCCCUCCCCCACUAUAGUAUUAACACGAAAAGAGGGAAAAACACACACACAUUUCAAAGACAUCCCUACACACGUAUAUGGUGACUUUCAGCUAUCUCAUUGUGGAUUCUGAACGCAAAUCUAGCUUCGUGCAUAUGAGUGGUAUCUGCAUUUCUUUCAGUUUUAGUCCUUCGUAUAAAACUAUUUUAGUCCAAUCCGGUGUUUUCAUUUUAAACAGAGCCCUUUGAGGGUUGGACGGCAUGUAAUUAAUUAAUUAAUUAAUUAAUUAAAGAACAUUAUUAUUAUUAAUGAUAAAAGGUCACUAGAUACCACGAUUUGAAAAUCGAGCUUCAGCAUUUAUGGCACAAACCAGCUGAGGUCGU